CGCUUUUAAAUCCGGCAAUCCUUGAUCUGGUCACACCCGCGCAAGAAAUAACAUUGCAAACUUGCUAAGAAUAACAACAAACGCAAUAUUUAACCGCUUUUUAAUGAAUCCACUGACAGACAAAGUGCUUGUGGCCAAGGAGGCGCUCGCGGUGGCGCUCGGCGACAAUUGGGAGCUCUACCGGGGCAACAUGAAGAACUGGUUUCGCAACCGCUGGACCAAAGAGGAGUUCGACUGUGAGAGUCGCAAAAUUUUGACACCUGAGAAACUGCAUUUGCACAAUCAAUUGUUGCUGGCGCUGCUGAAUAAAAUCGAUGCUUUUGCGCCACCCGAAACAGUUGCUGCACUGCAACAACAUCACUCCAGCUCAGGCCGCUCAGGUCCCAACAGCAGUAGCCGGAAACGGAAGCGCAGUUCUCGGACUUUUGCCGAACGCUUUACGUUCGAAUUAUGCGAUGUGCUUAAUUUUGUGAAUGAGGAUAAUAUGCAGCUCAUACGACCACCUUCUUUGGCUGGUGAUCAACAGGGAAUGCAGCAGCAACAACAGCAACAGUUGCCCACACAACGCUACUGCGCCCAGGAAUUGUUUCUACCCGAUGCUGGUUUCAUCAUGGGACGUUUUCUAAUUGGUGCCUGGGAGAUUGGCCUCAUCUCAGUGGACGACAGCGUGGCCGAGUACGUGGCAAUGGCUGUGCAGGUGCUGCUCAAGGAUCUGCUAUCUGCCAUCAUUAAGAAGCGCAAGCAUUACAAGACCAGCGGCGAGGGCAACUUCUACUAUGAUGUGGGCGCCCAGCUGCGUGAUCCUUCGCUGCGCAACACAGUUACAAGGCAAAAGGUGGACGACACGCCGCUGGAGCACGACAAGGAGCUGAACACAGCGAACUUUAUGCGGCGGCAAAACGAUGACAUUGUCUUUCUUUCCGCCUGCGAACAAGUGUUGCCCUGCGAACGCACUGUGAUUACGCUCAAGGAUUGCCAGCUCGCCUUUCGAGAUCGCAAUCUCAUUGGCUCCCACGCCGUCUAUUCCAUCAACAUGGAGCGUCUUAAUAUGAUGAUGCACUAAGGUUGGACUCAUCCACUAAAUAUUGUUGCACAUAUCGUGCAAUAUUGUGGAAUAUUGAAAUUAUGAUGUCGUUGCUGAAACGAUGGGGAUGGAGGUUAUUGACUACUGUUGAGGUCUGUACAACAUAAUUUAGAGAGUUUAAAGUAAUUUUUUAAAUUUUUAACAAAUUAAUCUACAAUCAAAGUCAUAACACAACAUCAUUCAAUUUAUUUUUGGCACAAUAUUUUAGAAAGCCUUUUUUGACUUAUUUAUUUAGAUAUAUUUACUUUAUUUUUAUAAAUGAUAACAUAAUAAAUAAUACAAUGAUGUGUAUAGAAAU